AUGGAUGCUCCAUCUGAAGGUCGUUCUGGAGGAAUUUUAUGUAUGUGGGAUGAGACAAAGGUUAAGUUUGUUGAUUAUCUAGUUGGCCAUCACUCGAUUAAUCUUCAUCGCCAAAUGCCUAAUUCUGGUUUUGAGUGGGUGUUUUUUGGUAUUUAUGCUCCCAGCAAUUAUAUUAUCAGAAAGGAUUUUUGGAGAGAAAUUGAAGAGGUUAGAAGAUAUUGGAGUUUACCAUGGGUUGUUGGAGGUGAUUGGAAUGUUAUCACAUUCAUUCAUGAAAGAACUUCUUGCACGAAAUCAAACAAUGCAAUGAGGAAUUUUAACAGGUUCAUAUCAAGACAUGAACUUAUUGAUCUUCCAAUGAUUGGGGCUAGAUACACCUGGACUAAUAAUCAGGUUCAAUGUGUUCGUAGUAGAAUUGAUAGAAUUUUAGUUUCUGUUGAUUGGGAGUGUCGGUUUCCGAAUGUUACUCAACAAGCUCUUGUCAGGCCAUGUUCAGAUCAUAGUCCUCUUGCUCUUAUUUGCGAUGGUGUCAAAGGAGGUUCAGGCCCAUUUCGUUGUGAAAUUUUCUGGUAUGCACAUCCUGACUUUUUCACUUUCAUUCAAAAUACUUGGAAUUCUUUCACCGUGACAGGUAAUGCAGGUUUUGUGAUGUGCAAAAAGCUUCAACUUUUAAAGCCUUUGUUAAAGCUUUGGGCUAAGCAAGAGUUUGGCGACAUGGAAAGGAGAUUAGAAGAACUAGAAGAUAUUUUGUCAAGAUUGAUGCAGAGGAAGAUCUUCAUGGUGGACUCAAUGAAGAUCAAUGGAAUGAAAGGUUGA